AUGGUUCUCCCAAAGAGCAAGAACAGCGUGGGGCUGGGCAACAGCCUCAUGAACGACCGUUUCGGACGAGGCAAAGGUUCAGAUCGCAAGAAGGUGUCUCAAAAUGGAGUCGUUAGGACGGAUCACACAACAGGCCAAACAUACGUGACGAAUGCCGCAAAGGAAGCAUCGUGGGUCAAGAUGCGUAGCGUCACCGAACAAGGCGCCCUGGACGAAUUCCUUUCCACGGCCGAAUUGGCUGGCACCGACUUUACCGCGGAGAAGAUGAACAAUGUCAAGAUAAUCCACUCGGACCAACGAAAUCCAUACCUUUUAAGCGCAGCGGAGGAGAGGGGUGCGAGGAGGAAACAUGCUCAGAACAGGGGAAGGUUGACAGUACCCCGGAGGCCGAAAUGGGACGAGACAACCACGCCCCAGCAGUUGGACGAACAGGAGAGAGCAAGCCUGCUGGAAUGGAGACGGGGACUUGCCGAACUUCAAGAGAACGACGACUUGCUGAUGACACCAUUCGAGAGGAACAUUGAAGUAUGGCGACAACUGUGGCGUGUGAUCGAGCGAUCCGAUCUAGUGGUACAGAUUGUGGAUGCCCGAAACCCCCUUCUGUUUCGAAGUGAAGACCUGGAGAAAUAUGUCCAAGAGGUCGACCCCAAGAAGAGGAACUUGUUGCUGGUCAACAAGGCAGACAUGAUGACUGAAGAGCAAAGAAGAGCAUGGGCCGAGUAUUUCCACGAGCAAGGUAUCAACUACAAAUUCUUCUCGGCCCAUCUGGCCAAAGAGAUGAAUGAGGGACGAGAUGCGCUAGAGGAGCUUGAUGCCCGGCAGAUCCAGCAACAGAUUGAUCGCAACUUGCCGGAAAAGACCAUGGUCAAAAAUGUUCAAGAUCUCAACCUGAAGGAGGAAGAGGGGGAAGAGUGGACUGACGAAGAGGAGGCGGAAGAAGACUCUGAAAGUGAAGAGUCGCAACCUGAAGAUCGUGAUGUUGGCUCACCGUCCAGAGGUCAUACGUCAGCACAACCUGACACUCAGAUACUCACUGUCGACGAGCUCGAAUCCCUCUUCCUCGAGAACAUCCCCGAAGAUGCCACUACUGACCGAAAAACUACGAUUGGGCUGGUUGGUUAUCCAAACGUCGGAAAGUCCUCCACCAUCAAUGCUCUCCUCGGCUCGAAAAAGGUGUCAGUCUCCUCCACUCCUGGCAAGACAAAACACUUCCAGACCAUUCACCUUUCAGACCGCGUGAUCCUUUGCGACUGUCCCGGUUUAGUGUUUCCAAACUUUGCAACCACAAAAGCCGAGUUGGUCUGCAGCGGCGUGUUGCCGAUCGAUCAGCUGAGAGAGUACACCGGACCCACCGGCCUCGUUGCACAGCGCAUCCCGCAAACAUUUCUUGAAAAUGUCUACGGCAUGAAAAUCAACACGCGACCAGUGGAGGAAGGUGGCACGGGAACCCCCACCGCAUCAGAAAUGCUGAGAGCGUAUGCUCGCGCGAGGGGAUUUGCCACGACAGGACCAGGAAGUCAACCGGACGAGUCACGCGCGGCGAGAUAUAUCUUGAAGGAUUAUGUGAAUGGGAAAUUGCUGUAUUGUCAUCCUCCACCAUCGGGCGACCCAGACACGGACGUGGAGGCUUACGGGAGGGAAUUCAACGAGAAACUAUACGACUUUGCGCAUCUGCCUGCCAAGAGACAGGCGUGGUUGAUCGCGCACUCUGAAGAAUCUGGCCUCGCCGACGGCGACGCGGAAGCGGCAUCGACCUCGUCGUCGUCGCAGCAGCGUGCACCUGCCCCCGUGGAGAAAGGGACCCGAGCGAAACGACUCGACAAGGGGUUCUUCGGUCCCGGGUCCGGCAACGCGGGACACCUCACCAUGCCCUUCAACCACCAGUACACGGAGCAGGGAAAGCAGCAGCUGCAGCAGACGAAGCAGCUGACGGGUCGCAAGGCCAAGACGAUGGCGGCGCUGGAGAAGGACGUCGACCCGGCAGAACUGCGGAUGAGCAGUAGCAAGAAGCACUUCAAGGGCGCGCGGAGGAAAGCCAGGACUGUGCGAGCCGGGGAGGAAGACGACUGA